GUGAAGACACGUUGCUAAAUAGUAAAAGUAGCUCAAUCAUUUUCAAUUUCUUUCUCAUUCUCUUCCAUUUUUUUAAACUUUACCUCUAUCAUACUUUCUCUGCCCUCUAAACCUUCUCUCAUUCCACUUCACUUUUUGUGUUGUCUCUAAUUUUCUAAAUAUUGUUAUCAAGUUCUUUUUUUCCAGAAGAUAUAAUCUUUCAUUUGGUUAAUUACAAGUAUAUUUAUAGGUUUUCUGAGAGAUUAUAGUCUCCUCACAUAUUUACGGAAAAGUCAUGGCAGAGCUUGUUGCUACAGCAUUUCUUGAGUCUUUCUUUCAAGGGAUUUUUGAUAGGUUGGCUUCAAGUAAUUUCACUGACUAUUUCCGUAGAGGCAAACUUGAAAACUUGGUGGAGGAACUUGAGUCUACACUCGAUUCUAUCAACCAAGUGUUGGAUGAUGCAGAGAUUAAACAAUACCAAAUCCUAAACGUCAAGAAGUGGCUUGGUGAUGUUAAACAUGCUAUGUAUGAGGCUGACCAACUCUUGGAUGAGAUUGCCACUGAUGCACCAUUGAAGAAGAUGAGAGCUGAAUCUCAACCUACUACCAGUAGGAACAACUAUUUUGGUUAUGUUUCAGCUUUUAUUAAUCCAUUUGAAUCAAGGAUCAAAGAGUUGCUAAAGAAUCUAAAACAUCUUGCUGAGCAAACAGAUGUGUUGGAAUUGAAAAGUGGAGCUUUGGCUCGUAAUGAAGUUGGUGUCAGUUCGAAACCUUUAGAAAGACUGCCAACUUCAUAUUUGGUGGAUGCAUCCCGCAUAUAUGGUAGGGACGAUGAGAAAGAUGAAAUGGUCAAAAUUUUACUUUCAAGCAAUGGCAGUGACAACCAAACACCUGUAUCUAGUAUAGUUGGUCUUGGUGGGAUGGGUAAGACAACCUUUGCUAAGCUCGUGUACAAUGAAAGUAGGAUUGAGGAUCAUUUUGAACUUAAAGCAUGGGUUUAUGUCUCAGAAUAUUUUGAUGUUGUUGGACUCACCAAAGCAAUUCUCAAGUCAUUUCAUUCUCCAGCAGAUGAUGAAUCUAUUCUCAAUUUACUUCAACAGAGACUCCAACUCAUACUAACGGGAAAAAAAUACUUGCUUGUUUUAGAUGAUAUCUGGAAUGGGAAUGCAGAAUGUUGGGAGCAGUUACUACUUCCUUUUAAUCAUGGAUCUUCUGGAAGUAAGAUUAUUGUGACAACACGUGACAAGGACGUAGCAAAUGUCCUGAAUUCCACAGAGAUAUUUAAAUUACAGCAAUUGGAAAAAAAAGAUUGUUGGAGUUUAUUUGUGACACAUGCGUUUCAUGGAAAGAAUGCGCGUGAAUAUCCAAAUCUUGAAUCAAUUGGCAAGAAAAUUGUGAACAAGUGUGGAGGUUUGCCUUUAGCAGUAAAAACAAUAAGCCAACUCUUACGAAAAAAAUUCUCCGAAGAUAAAUGGAUGAAGAUAUUGGAGACUGAUAUGUGGCAUUUAUUAGAUGAGGACAACAACAUAAACCCAGUGCUAAGAUUGAGUUAUCAUAAUCUUCCUUCCAAUCAGAAGCGUUGUUUUGCUUAUUGUUCUAUAUUUCCCAAAGGUUAUCAGCUUGAGAAAGGUGAAUUAAUCAGGUUUUGGAUGGCAGAAGGUUUGCUUAAGUGUUUCAGAACAGAAAAAAGUGAAGAAGAGUUGGGUAAUGAAAUUUUUGGUGAUCUAGAGUCAAUUUCAUUUUUCCAACAAUCAACCCACUAUAAUUACUUUGACAUGCAUGACCUUGUCAAUGAUUUAGCUAAAUCAGUGUCAAGAGAAUUUUGUAUGCGGAUGGAUGAAGCUAAGGUGGAACGUAUCCCUGAAAGGACACGUCACAUUAGAUGGUCUCUUCAAUCAAAUUAUGUUGAAAAAUUACUAGAGCCAAUUUGUGAGCUUAAGGGACUACGUAGUCUGUUAGUAAAAGGCUAUCAUUCUAUGUUGAUAAGCAACAUUGUGCAGCGUGAUAUGUUUUCAAGACUAAAAUAUUUGCGAACGUUAUCAUUCAAUGGUUGUGGCCUCUCAGAGCUAGCUGAUGAGAUAAGCAAUUUAAAGCUUCUGCGUUAUCUAGACCUUUCUCAUACUAGAAUUUCACGCUUACCUGACACCAUUUGUUCGUUGUGUAAUUUGCAAACACUCUUGUUGCGUGACUGUUAUACAUUGACUGAGCUCCCUUCAAAUUUUUCCAAACUCACCAAUUUACGUCAUCUUGAACUUCCCAAUUCUAUAGAGAAGAUGCCAAAGCAUAUAGGAAGUCUAAGAAAUCUCCAGACCUUGACUUCUUUUAGAGUGAAAGAGAAGAAUGGAUCUGAUCUUAAGGAGUUGAAGAAACUAAACCAUCUUCGUGGAAGAAUUCAUAUCAAAGGGUUGGGUGAAGUCAUUGAUCCUACAAAUGUUGCUACAAAUAUUUUGAAAGAUAAGAAGUAUUUGGAAGAAAUAGAUAUGACAUUUGAUGGUGGAAGAGAAGAUGUGGAUGGAUCAAUAGUUGAAAGCAGUGUAUCAGUCUUGGAGGCUCUUCAACCAAAUAGUAACAUGAAGAAGCUCACCAUCAGAGAGUACAGAGGUAAUAGCUUUCCAAAUUGGAUAAGUGGUUGUCAUUUGCCCAACUUAGUAUCUCUUACACUUGAGAGCAUGGACAAUUUGGAGGAAUGGUUAUGUAUUGAAGGAUUUCCUUUACUUAAAGAGCUUUAUAUACAUGAUUGUCCCAAAUUGAAGAGACUACUGCUUCCACACCUUCCUUCUUUACAGAUGUUGAUGUUUUUUGAUUGCAAAAUGCUGGAUGUAUCAAUUCCAAAUGGUGAUAAUAUCAUAGAGUUAGAAAUAGAGAGAUGUGGUCGGAUUUUGGUAAAUGAGUUGUCAUCCAGCUUGAAAAGGUUUGUGCUUCGUAAAAUUCAGUACGUUGAGUUCUCCAUGGAUCAUUUAAUCAACAAUCCCAAUCUGGAAGUGUUGGAGUUGGAUUUCAAGGACUUUGUAGAAUGCCCCUCUUUGAAUUUGUGUUGUUAUAAUUCUCUUGGGAGACUUUCAAUAACAGGAUGGCAGUCCUCCUCCUUGCCUUUUUCACUACACUUGUUCACCAAUCUUUUUUAUCUAGGCAUCCAUGACUGUCCAGAAUUAGAAUCUUUUCCUACGGGAGGUUUCCCUUCCAACUUGGGAGACCUUUUUAUAGUUAAUUGUCCUAAAUUGAAAGCUUCGAGAGAAGAGUGGGGUUUUCUCCACCUCAAAUCUCAAGUUUGUAUUGUCAAUUGCCCUAGUCUUGAGCACUUGCCAGAGGAGUGGGGUUCCCUUUAUAAUUUGUACAUUGAAAAUUGUCCAUUACUUGAAGAGAAGUACAAAAAGGAGGGAGGAGAGCGUUGGCAUACAAUUAGUCACAUCCCUUAUGUGUUUAUUGACGGUAUUCAACAGCAGAAUUGACAUGUUUGUAACAGUGUCAAGUCUACGUGACCUCUUUCUUGCCGAUCAAGACAUACCAUUGCCACCAACAUGAAGCACAACCACUUUCUUAGUCUUUUCAUCAAUUCUAAAAUAUGUGUAAAUGAAUAAAAUUAUUACGAGCCUGUGUUUCUGUUAUGUUAAUUGUCUGUUGAUAAAACAUGAGACUUAGAGAAAAGAAGCACAUGGUUGGCUUGCUUAGUACUUUCAUUGCAAUACUUUAUAGUUCUGAUAGGGUUGAUUACAGUUUCUCAAGAAUUGUAACUGAAUCUGUUUUGUAUAAUACAGAUGCAAGAACUGCUGUGAUUGUUUGGGAA